CCGUCUUCCAUCGGGGUGGGUAUUGUAGUUUGGAAACGUAUGUCUAAGCAUAUAGUUAGGGAGGAGAUUCUAUAAAACAACGACAAUACCCAGCAUCCACCUCUGCCGUGAAAGGAUUGUAGAGGGACGCGGUUUAAAAUGUAUGGUCGUAGUUGAUGUGGUGCGUUGCAUUCGAUCGUCGGUAUGGUUGUUGUGUCAUACUUGAACAUCAUUCAUUUUAGAUUUCGUGGAUUUACAAACGCUUUUAAUUAAAAUUUUAAAUAACUUUGAAGCAAUCCAUCACCGCUUUUGCUUGCCAGUGAACGAACGCUCAAAGACUGAAAGAGAGCUAGCUAACGCGUUUAUGUGCCGCGCUCUAGGUCAUUAAUUUCCCUCGUCGUGGUUCUUCUAGCUACCCUGCUGAGAUCAUGCAUCGACUUCAACACUUGGCAAAUAGAUCAUUGAUUGCAGGUGUUUUUGACCCGUCUCCAGCCCUUGUGCGGACAAAGGCUCGUGAAACCUCAUGUUUAGUGCAGUCCAUACGACUCAAAACACAAGGACCAGUUGAAGAGUAUGGACUGAAGAGAUUCAGUACAGCUGGAGCAACCGUGGUAUUGAGAGAGAAUGGCAAGAUGCGAGAAAAGACUCUGACCAUGGACACCAUCAAUCCGCAGGUGAAAGCGGUGGAGUACGCUGUGAGAGGAGCCAUUGUCACGAAGGCUGGGGACAUUGAGAGAGGCUUGCAGCAGGGUCAGAAACACCCCUUCACUGAGGUCAUCAAAGCCAACAUUGGAGAUUCACAUGCCAUGGGGCAGAAGCCAAUCACCUUUCUCCGUCAGGUGGUGGCUCUCUGCUCAUUCCCAGAUCUGUUGAACAGCCCUAGUUUCCCGGAGGAUGCCAAACAGCGUGCCCGUCGCAUCCUACAGGGCUGUGGGGGACAGAGCCUGGGGUCGUAUAGUGCCAGCCAGGGAGUGGACUGUAUUCGGCAGGACAUUGCUGUCUACAUAGAGCAACGGGAUAAGGGUGUGCCUGCCGACUGGGACAAUAUUUACCUCACCACCGGAGCUAGUGAUGGCAUCGUGAGCAUCUUGAAAAUGCUGGUGUCGGGCCAGGGCCGGUCCAGGAGUGGUGUGAUGAUCCCCAUCCCUCAGUACCCCCUGUACUCUGCAGCCAUCUCUGAGAUGGAGGCCGUUCAGAUCAACUACUACCUGGACGAGGACAACUGCUGGGCCCUGGAUAUCAACGAGCUCCACAGAGCCUACCAGGCUGCCAAGGAGCACUGUCACCCCAGAGUCAUCUGCAUCAUCAAUCCAGGCAACCCUACCGGUCAAGUGCAGAGUAAGAAGUGCAUCGAGGAAGUCCUCCACUUUGCCUACGAGGAGAAUUUGUUUGUUAUGUCCGAUGAGGUGUAUCAGGACAACGUGUACUCCCCAGACUGUCAGUUCCACUCCUUUAAGAAGGUGCUCUAUGAGAUGGGCCCAGAGUACUUCAACACUGUCGAGCUGGCCUCAUUUCACUCCACCUCCAAAGGCUACUCAGGAGAGUGUGGGUUUAGAGGGGGCUAUAUGGAGGUUCUCAACCUCGACCUGGAGGUCAAGGCACAGCUGGUGAAGCUGCUCUCUGUGAGGCUGUGUCCCCCUGUCUCUGGACAGGCUGCCAUGGAUGUCAUCGUCAACCCUCCUCUGCCACACGAACCCUCCUAUCUCCAGUUCCACAAGGAGAAGAGUGCUGUGCUUGGAGCUCUGGCUGAGAAGGCCCAGAUGACUGAGCAGAUCCUCAACACGGUCCCUGGGAUCAAAUGUAACCCUGUGCAGGGAGCCAUGUACGCCUUCCCCCGCAUCUUCAUCCCCCUACGAGCUGUGGAGGAGGCCAAGUCCCUGGGAAUGUCUCCUGACAUGAUGUACUGUCUGAGGCUGCUUGAGGAGACUGGCAUCUGCCUCGUUCCAGGCAGUGGCUUCGGCCAGAGGGAAGGGACCUAUCACUUCCGAAUGACCAUUCUGCCCACGACAGAGAAGCUGAAGGUGCUCCUGGAGAAGCUCAGAGAUUUCCAUAUCAAGUUUCUGAAGGAGUACGCGUCAUUGGAGGAACCAAAGAGAUGAGAGCACAGAGGAUGACGCUCUAGAAUAGUUCAGAUAGUCCCAGUUUGAGAAUGUUUAACACAGCAUUAAAUAAAAAAGCAUUUACAGAGGUAUCGACUAACGUAAAGUAAAAAAGUAACCUAUGAUUGCUUGAAGUUUUAAUCUGAUUUUAGGAACAGUACUUGUGUUUAAGAGACAUUGUGCCUUUGUCAGACGAGGUAAAGGUGUGGGGAAUCUGCAGUUGCUACAUACAUACAUUUUAGGACUUGUAAAUCGAUGUACCCAUUGAUUCUUGAAGAAUAGAUCUGAUAAAUGCCUCAAGCUGUCGUACCCCAUCAGAACCCAAAAUAUAUAAGCUUUGUAAAUGUAAACAAUAUAGCCUUAACACGGUUAAAACUGUGUAAUGUUGAUAUCAUGGAUGAUCAGUCCUUGCAUCCAUAGCUCUGGCUUUGAAUUUGGUUACAAUUCUCCAGUCCCAUCCCUCAGAUUUUUAUUGGAACGGGCAGGGAGGACGUUUUAUUGCAACUACUGCUGAUUGCCCCUUUAACACUAAAGCAAUGUAAAUUGUGACGUACGCGAAGGUUCUCCAUUAUAGAGGAUGCACUGGGGAAUGGGACACAAUGUUCUGGUUUAAAAAAUAUGCAUUUUGUUGUUUUUGUGCCCGGGAAGUUAUUUACACUGUGUUGUAUUUUCUAUCUGUCUUGAGGCUUUUGUGUCUCCUUAGAGGCAUUUAGUGUUAGAGAUCUAGACAAUGGGGCACUGUAAGUGCAAAUAUUAUCUUGGAACCAGCUGUACCUUUCCAUGUGCCAAAUGGAACUGGAAAACAGAGAUUGUUUAUGUAGGUCAUGGACUCCGGGCAAUGAGUACUGCUACAUCAGCUCUUUCUGAUCCGAAAAACAGCAGGGAGGGAUUCUCCUAACCAUUUAUAACAUCCUAUCAGUCCAAGUCAUAAAGCUUUGAGCCUGCAUAGCUCCCUGUUGGGCACAGGUUUACCCAUACAGUACCUAUCUAGCAUGACAGAUGCACUUGGAGAGGGGUUUUUUGGGGGGUGAAUGUCUGUACUCUCGGGUGCUUAGUUACAGGUGCUUAUUGCCGGCCAUUAUGUGGUUGUUAUGGAAAGAAAUGCAAUUGUUUGUGUGCUACUCUUAAAUGAGUUUAAAGGUCAAACCAAGGGAAUUGUAGGUUCUGGUAAAUCUGUAUAUCGGCAUGUCCCCUUAUUAGGCUAUUUAUUGCAUAGAUUGUUUACGCUUUUUACUGACAGUGGCUUUAAGUCUAUCAUUCACAUUUGUAUCACAACUCAUCUCAGAUGAUCUCCCGAGUGGCACAGUGGUCUAAGGCACUGCAUCGCAGUGCUAGC